ACUAUGCUAUUUGCAGCAAGUUUGCAAUGCUGUGUGUGACAGCCAGUAUGGCUCUGUCACGUUUCCUAGGUUGGUCCUUAGCACAGAAAGGAUUUCCCCAGCCCACCCUUAGUGCAUUGCCGGCAUACAGCUGCUACUGAUGUAACACAUCAGUCCUGGACUGAGUAUCAACAGGAGGAGAUUGGAGAGACUGUCAAGGCUCCUGUUUGCAAUUCUAAGCUGCAGCCAGCAGUGUGAUUAGCUGGCCAAGGGGAGACCUGGGUUGCAUUUCUGUCCUGCUUGUGAGAUUACUACAAACAAAACAAGUGCAAUGAAUAUUUGCAGUGGAUUAUAUUUUUCCUCUUACCUGAUGCUGGGUGAUCAUUCACACUGAGGUUAUUUCUGUCUGGGAUGCUGAAGACUCUGUGGAUUAUAUUAUGGGUGCCAACAACUCCCACAAAACUCCAGUGUUUGAUGAGAAUGAGGAUGUUGAUUUUGACCACUUUCAAAUAUUGCGCGCUAUUGGAAAGGGGAGUUUUGGAAAGGUGUGCAUCGUGCAAAAACGUGACUCCAAGAAAAUGUACGCUAUGAAGUAUAUGAACAAACAGAAGUGCAUCGAACGGGAUGAAGUUCGGAACGUCUUCAGAGAACUACAGAUCAUGCAGUGCCUUGAACAUCCUUUUCUGGUAAAUCUAUGGUAUUCUUUCCAAGACGAAGAAGACAUGUUUAUGGUGGUAGACCUGCUACUUGGUGGGGACUUACGGUAUCACUUGCAGCAAAAUGUGCAUUUUAAUGAAGAGGCCGUUAAACUAUACAUCUGUGAAAUAUCACUUGCACUAGACUAUUUACAAAAGCAUUAUAUCAUCCACAGAGAUAUCAAACCUGAUAAUAUCUUGCUGGAUGAACACGGACACGUUCAUAUUACUGAUUUUAAUAUAGCCACGAUUGUGAAAGGAUCAGAGAAAGCAUCAUCAAUGGCAGGAACCAAGCCUUACAUGGCUCCAGAGGUAUUCCAGUCAUUUAUGGAGGUAGGACCUGGAUACUCAUAUCCCGUGGAUUGGUGGUCAUUAGGAAUUACAGCAUAUGAACUCCUGAGAGGUUGGAGGCCUUAUGAAAUUCAUUCAACAACACCCAUUGAUGAAAUUCUCAAUAUGUUUAAGAUAGAAAGAGUUCACUAUUCUUCCACGUGGUGCAAGAACAUGGUGGCGUUACUUAGAAAGCUUCUUACAAAGGAUCCCGAGUGCCGGUUUUCAAGUUUUUCCGAUAUACAAAGCUCACCUUACCUUGCCGAUAUAAAUUGGGAUGCCGUUUUGGAAAAAUCGGUCCCUCCAAGCUUUGUCCCAAACAAAGGAAGACUGAACUGUGAUCCCACAUUCGAACUCGAAGAAAUGAUUUUAGAAUCAAAACCUCUUCAUAAAAAGAAAAAGAGACUUGCUAAAUAUAAAUCAAAAGAGGCAUCCAAAGAAAGUUGUCCUAUGAAUGGACACCUGCAGCAGUGCUUAGAAACAGUGAGGAAAGAAUUCAUCAUAUUCAACAGAGAAAAACUCAGAAAGCAAUCGGAGCAAUGUGGUCAAGCAUCGAACAUGGACAGCAAAGGAAGCAACCAACCACAUAUAAAGCUUCAAGAUGGACACAGCACAAACAACAAUAUUUUAGUCCAUGGCUGCACACGCGGAUGCAGUAGCUAGUUAAGUGCACCCACCUAAUGGACAUUGGCGAGUUAAUAAGGAUACAUUGCAUGCCUUCACUCAAAACCAUGAACCACCCUUAAACUGUGAAUUAUUACAAAAUACUCAAGCACAGAUUAUCACUAGAACUUGGUAUAAAUACACAGGAUUUACUUCCAUCAAAUACAAGCUAGAGCUGGUCAGAUAGCUACUGUAGUACCUGCUCGAACCACAGAGUUGAAAGUUAAGUUGCCAAAAGAGUUAACUCAGCCUUUCUUCGCUCAAGGUCAAUAAAAUGAAUUACAUUGAGUUGGGUAAUAAGACAGCUACAUCCCAGGACAUACUGAAGUUUUGUAGAAGAAACAUCAACAGUGUCCUGGAACAGCACUUGAACCAGAACUUUUUCGUUUUGCAAAGUGUAUAUAUAAUUUGAUACAUUAUCGACCAAUGAUAUUCCAUGGUGUCAUAAUGAGCUGGCCUGUGAACAUCUUACAUGUAUAAUAUAUGUAUUGCACUCUUUAUUCAGAUGUUCUACAGAUAUCCACCUUUUACUAUAUGAGUAGGAAAUUAACCCCUUAAGGACACAACUUCUGGAAUAAAAGGGAAUCAUGACGGAAUAUUUCCCCCAUGUGUCCUUAAGGGGUUAGACGUCAUUGCCAGCUGAUAGGAUCCAGGUUUAAGAUGACCUAUAUUUUCAUUUGUCUCCAAUACAAAAUCCAACACAUAUAUUAUGGGAAUGUAAUAAAUGUAGGGUUUUGUGUUUAUCAACAAGUGAAUUAAAUAUAUUUUGUAUAGAAUUCUUAAUAACUUAGGGUUAAUUCAAACAGGCAAAAUCCAGACCUACUGUGUGUUCUAGUGGUAUUUCAUAAAGGAUCCAACAUUCUAUAGAAUUGCAAAAUGAAUUCAAAGUGAAUUUUGAAUUUAACGCCAGAGUAGCCGUACUGAAUGCAUAGCUGACUUAGACAAUCUUUCCAGUUUGGGUAUUAUGACAUUACAUUUGAACUUUACUUUGAAUUCUCACUUUAGUUAAUAACCCUGGACUAAAUCAGAGUCUGAAGAAACUUGUCAAAAUGAAACAUUUGUUACUGUGUAUUAAAGCUGUGAGUCAUAUAAAUGGUUAUCACAAGACUCAGGCAUUUUUGUCUAGUGUUAUAUUCAGAGACAGAUGAUUAAAAGAGAUGUCUGCAGCUGCUCACUUUUAGAAAUCACGAAUAAUUAGAUAUAAUCAAAAUAAUCUGACAGCAUUCUGGAAAUUUCACAGUAAAAAUCUCUUAGAAAUAUUUUGAUAUUUUCUACUAAUCAUUUGGUAACGUUUCAAGAAACAAGCAAACCCACAGUUUAAAAACAUGACUGAAGAUUGUUGUUUUAUAUAACAUAAUAAAUCGUAUUCCAGUGAGAAAACAUGUUGAGUUAUUUAUCCUUUUGGAAUAAAUGGCUGCAUUCUUUUUGAGUUCUUGGUUAGUUAAGGAAGACUAAAAAUUGGAGAUAUUAUUUUCCCUUUUUUGGAUUGAGCUGGCUCUGAGCAGGAACUUCUGGAAAGAAACCAUAGAGAUGGCCGUCUACAGAGCCUUUAUGGAACCUCUCUAUGAUACUGUUGGCUCUGUCCACUAACAAGGACUUAACUUAUAAUUACAUUAUAUAUCACUCCCUCUUUAAAUAAAUAAUUCCAAAACAAUCCAUGAGAUAUGUGGUUAAUUCAAAGUUUUGUUUAAAGUUAAAUGUUAUUCAGUUUUUUUUCAACCACUUAAGGAUUCGGGAUGGAAUUUUCCCAUCAUACUGGCCUUUUGCUGCUGAAGCGGUGUCCUUAAGUGGUUAAAUUCAUCUUGCAUUUGUGCCAUAUAUUUUAUUUGUACGUGCAGUUGCCACAAUCCUGAUAUUCACAACAUAUACCAUAGUUGAUGUUUAAUUCCUGUGUAGACCUACCCUUGUGAGUAUCGCUCAUUUUGUGUAACCUAAAAUGUAAGUGUUUCUGUAAGUGUUUGCCUCACGUUGCCUAUCCCACACUUAAACUAUCACUUUGUUACUGUUAUUAAAUUAUUGACAGCUUAGAAAACAAUACUGUGACUACUGACAUUGUAAGCUGUUUUUCCUACAAUGUCCUUAUAAUAUUGAGCUAGGGUAUAUUUUCACUGAGCUGUUUUACACUUGUUAUGUGUUUACAACAUUUUGAUAGACCAACACGUCUUGCUGGAUAUAUUUAUGGUUUGUUUUGGUCAAGCCCAGCAUCACAUUUCAACUUUUUAAAUAAAUUAGAAUUUCUUAAACCAGGCACACCUUACUUUACAAGCUUUUUUAUAUUUAUUCUAUCAUUUUGUAACUUUAUUUUAUAUAAGAUACUGUUUUAUUUAUAUA